AUGGGUUCUAUUUCCGAAGCUGCCGCUCAUGGUAUCGUUUGGCCAACAUACAUUGUUAUGUUGGUCUGCGCAUCUUUACUUGCGUUCUGGAAAUUUUCAGAUAAACCAAAGACCUUUCUUUCUGCUAAUGGUACGCAACGAGGUGUUCCAUUAGCGUUCAAUUUUGUUGCUUCGGCUCUUGGCUGUGGUGUUUUAAGUGCCUAUCCUCAAAUUGCCAAUAUUGACGGUUUGCAAGGUUUAUUAGUGUAUUCGUUAGCCGGUUCGUUGCCAAUGUUCAUCUUUGCAUUUUUCGGACCAAUCAUCAGGAAAAAGUGCCCCGAUGGAUUUGUCCUCACUGAAUGGGUCAUUAGAAGAUUUGGAAUUAUUUGUGGUUGGUAUUUGAGUGCUUGUACCAUCAUUACCAUUUUCUUGUUUAUGGUCAGUGAAUUAGCGUCUUUGAAGUACGCUAUUGAAAGUUUAACCAAAAUCAAAGCAUUGCCAGUCAUCAUCGUGGAAUGUGUUGUGACGACAAUUUAUACAUCAAUUGGCGGGUUCCACAUUUCAUUCAUCACAGAUACCAUCCAAGUCAGUAUCGUUUUCAUCCUUUUGAUUAUUGUCUCUUGUGCCAUGGGAUCUUAUGUGCACAUCGAUAAAAGUUUGAUUGCAGAAUCCGGUUUAUUGAAAGCCAGCACAUUAGGUUGGCAAUUAGUCUAUAUCUUGACUGUUGCCAUCUUCACUAACGAUUUCUUCAUGUCUGGAUUCUGGUUGCGUACUUUUGCUGCUCGUACUGACAAAGAUUUAAUGAUAGGUUGUAGUAUCGCUGCGGUCAUUCUCGCUGUAUUCGUUACCGUCAUUGGUGUUACCGGUAUGAUUGCUGUCUGGGCUGGUUAUAUGCCUGUCGCGGACCAAGAAAACUCUGGUGCUGCAUUUUUCAUUGUGCUUACGCAAAUGCCUGGUUGGGUAAUCGGGUUUGUGUUAGCAUUCGUUGUCAUGUUAUCGACAUGUACUUUGGAUUCCCUCCAAAGUGCAUUGGUAUCAACAAUUUCCAAUGAUAUUUUCAGAAAUAAACUUCCUAUCAUCUGGAUUCGUGGUAUCGUCGUCCUUAUUAUGGUUCCAGUGGUCGUCGUUGGGUUAAUCGCAGAUGAUGUUUUGACUAUUUACUUGAUCGUCGAUUUACUUUCUUCGAGUGUUGUUCCAAUCCUCAUGCUUGGUCUUUCAUCCAAGUUUGACUUCCUCACAGCUUGGGAAAUCAUUGGUGGAGGUUUCGGUGGUUUGCUCUCCGUGUGGAUCUUUGGUACUGUAUACUACGACUCUCCAAGAGAAGGUGGUAAGUUGCUAUUGAUCUGGAAUGGUUUAUACGCCGAUGAUUGGGCUGCCUUUGGUGCCUUCGUUGUUGCACCAUUCGGUGGUCUUAUCUUCGGAUUCUUUGUUCUCUUCGUUAGAACGAUUAUUGUCUACAUCGACUGCAAGAAGAACAACAAACCAUUCGACUUAUACAGCAAGAAAUUCAUCUACAGACAUGAAGGUGAAGUCCAAUCCACCACCACUGAUGGCGACAAGAAAUCCUUCACGUCCGUCGAGCGUGAACUGGAAACUGAAUCUGUAGAAUAG